AUGGCUUCUACUUCAUCAGUUCCAAAAAGCUUCAAGUACGAUGUCUUUUUGAGUUUCAGGGGUGAAGACACCCGUAAAACCUUUGUUGAUCAUCUCUAUCAUGCUCUUGUCAAUAAAGGCAUUAUUACUUACAAAGAUGAUGAGAAAAUUGAAAAAGGGGAAAGGAUCAAUGAGCAGCUAAUGAGAUCCAUCGAAGACUCCAGAUUUUACAUAAUUGUGUUCUCCAAGAACUAUGCGGCUUCAUCAUGGUGCUUAGACGAGCUUGCCAAGAUCAUGGAGUGCCAAAAGAUGACCGAGCAUACUGCUUACCCCAUCUUCUAUGAUGUGGAGCCCACCGAAAUCCGCAACCAAAGUGGGUCAGUUUGGGAAGCCUUUGAACAAUCGACAAGGAAGAGGAAGAGGACGUUGGAAGAUGUAGCUCCGGAAAAGGAAGAUGAUGUUGGAAGAUGGAGAGUUGCUCUCAAAGAAGCGGCUGGUCUGGCUGGCUGGGAGUUGAAGAACACCCUUGAUGGGCAUGAAGCAAAAUUUAUCCAAACAAUUGUUAAACAUGUUUCACUAAACCCGCAUUUCAUCAAUUCGAGUGUUGAUGGGAAGUUAGUAGGCAUGGGGACCCGGGUGAACAAUAUGGUUUCAUCUUUAGAAAUUAAUUCUGAUGAUGUGCGUAUGAUAGGGAUUUGGGGAAUGGGAGGUGGUGGUAAGACGACUUUGGCGAGAGCUGUUUUUGAUCAUAUAUCCAUUUGGUUUGACGCUAAAUGUUUCGUUGAGAAUGUCAGGGAAGGCUCAAAAGGCUCUGGUUUGAAAGUGUUGCAAAAAAAGGUCCUUCAAUGUGUGUUAAAUGAUAAAAGCAUUAAGGUAGAAAGUGUUUAUGACGGGAAAAGGCUGAUGGAAAGGAUGAUGUGUAGUAAAAGGGUACUUGUUGUUCUAGAUGAUGUGGAUGAUACAGAGCAACUUGAGGCUUUAGCAGGUGACCAUAGUUGGUUUAAGCCAGGAAGUAGAAUCAUAAUCACAACAAGAGAUAAGCAAGUGUUGGUAGCUCACGGAGUUCAUAAUCACAAUAUUCAUGAUGUCAGUUUGUUAUCACAUGAGGAAGCAAUUUGCCUCUUCAGUAGGUAUGCAUUUAAUGGAGAGAUUCCAAAUCAAGGGUAUGAAGAUCUCUCUGGAAAAGUUGUGCAUUAUGCUGCUGGUCUUCCCUUAACAAUCAAAGUUUUGGGUGCACAUCUUUGUGGCAGAAGUGAGUGUGAAUGGGUCGAUGCCAUAGAAAGACUAAAAACAUUUCCGUUAGAGAAAACUUUGAAAAGAUUGGAACUAAGCUACAAUGGUCUAGAGAAUGAUCAAAAAGAAAUAUUUCUGGAUAUUGCUUGCAUACUGAAAGGUGAAAAGAAGAAGAAAGCAAUCAAAAUACUUCAAAGUUGUGGGUUCCAUGCUCAGAUUGGUCUAAGAGUUCUUGAACAGAAAUCCUUGAUAACUAUAUCUAAGGAGGAUUAUAAUGAUUAUGGUUUUGAUGAUUCUGAUGAUGAUGAUGUUUGGGAUGAUGUUGAGGGGCGUAUGCACCCCGGUGAGGGAGGCAAUUCUGAGAAGUUGUUCAUGCAUGAUCAUCUAGAAGAAUUGGGCAGGAAUAUUGUUCGGCGUUUGCACCGUGAGGAGCCUAAGAGACAUGGUCGAUUAUGGAUUAGAGAGGAAAUUGAAGAUAUACUGGUUAAUGAAUUGGGUAAUGAAGAAACAAAAUGUCUAAAACUCAGGUGUACAGAUCUCGAACCUGCAAUUAUUAUGAAAGGUCUUCGAAUGAUGAAGGAACUUAGAUUGCUUUACGUGGAGUGUCUAUAUAGCAUAGAUGUAGUUGAUGAAGUUGAUGAGGUAUUCAAAUACUUACCAGAUGCUUUACAAUCUCUUUAUUGGUAUCCUUACCCAUUUAGUUGUUUACCUGAAACAUUUCGAGCAAAUAAGCUAGUUAACCUUGAAAUGCCUGACAGCAACAUCUAUGAACUUUGGGAAGGGGGAGAAAGAAAGGUUCUUAAAAACCUUAAAUUCCUUGACCUCUCUGGUUCAAAGUUGAGAACCUUUGACCUUAUGUUGACUCCACUUCUCGAGGAGUUAAAUCUUAAAGGAUGCGAUCAACUUUUCAAACUCCACAUGCCCGAUAAAUGUCCGAACCUCAAAUUCCUCAACCUCAGUUAUACUAAGGUGAGUAAUAUUAAUCUACGGAUGACUCCACAUCUCGGGAACUUAGCUCUUAGAGGAUGUGCUGACUUUAUAGAACUCCACAUGCCCGUUGAAUGUCCGAACCUCAAAAUCCUCAUCCUCCAUGUAACAAAGGUGGGUAACCUAAACCUCGGGAUGACUCCAAAUCUCGAGAAGCUAUAUCUUGUUGCAUGUAAUGAGUUCGAACUCGACAUGUCUGUUAAAUGUCCAAAGCUCAUAUACCUUAAAAUCAGGGGUUCUAAGGUGAGUAACAUUAACCUUGAGCUGACUCCAAAUCUUAAGAAAUUAGAUCUUUCAAAAUGUCAUUCUCUUCUAAAAAUUCAUGCUCCAGUUGGAUGUCUAAACAAGCUUGUCUACUUUCAUUUAGGCACUCAUUCAAAUUUUGAAAGUUUUAAGGUGUAUGAUAAACACUAUAACUCAGCUAACCAUUAUUCUGUAGCUACAUCAGUUAUAGAAGCACGAUGCAUACGUAUAUGCCCACUGCACCUUAAUAAUAAAUUGCCAAAGAUUGGGUUUAAAUGUGAAACAGAUGAACCUGGAUCCUCAUGGAUGGGAAAUCUUGAGAAGCUUGUUUAUUCUAGUCUAUGCCCUUGCAAAUACCUUGAGUAUUGGCCUGCAACUAUUUCUGGUUCACAACAUUUAAGAGGGCUGAAACUUAAAGGCAGUAUUCCUGUAGAUCUGUGUCAGUUAGAAAGUCUGGAGACGCUUUCUUUGAGUGAAGUAGAGAUUCGGCAUCUUCCGGAGAGCAUUUGUAUGUUGAAACAUCUGAAAAAACUUCAAAUUUCUAAUUGUUGGGUUAUUGAGCAGUUACCAGAAGAUAUAUGCGGAUUAGAAUGUUUAGAGAAGUUAGACAUAUGGUAUUGCACAUCCUUACGUGAUAUUCCGAAUAGCAUAUGUAAGAUGAAAUGUUUAAAAUAUUUAAGUCUCUGUGGUUGUGAAAAAGUUGAGACAUUGCCAGAGAAUUUUGGAUGUUUAGAAUGUUUAGAGAAGUUACACCUAGCAAAGUGUACAUCCUUACGAGAUAUCCCAAACAGCACAUGUAAGAUGAAAUGUUUAAAAGGUUUAGAUCUCUCUUAUUGUGAUCAAGUUAAGAAAUUGCCGGAGGAACUUGGUUCUUUAGAAUGUUUGAAAGAGUUAUAUAUAGAAGGUUCAGGCAUAAGUCGUCUUCCACAGUGCAUUUAUCAAUUGAAAGGCCUGCGUAUUAUUGGAUCUAGAGAGCAGCUUGAGUCGUGUGGUUUUACAUCCUUAAGAAAUACCUCAGAUUGCAGAGACUACGACUACUGCUGCUACUACUGCUUCUAUGUAGAGCUAAAAGCUCUGGAGCCUUUAUCCAAGUUGAACCAGCUAUGA